GGGACCUACUCUGCGCUCACCCCUAGUACAGCGCUCAGCGACUCUCUGUGCACCAGAUGUCCGCCACCUUCAGCUCGGUAUUGGUCACCGGAACGGGCUCCUCGUUCUUCGCAGCCCCUUCAGCAUCACAGAGCCCUGGCGCUACGGGCACCUCUGCGGCGACUGCAUUCGCCAGCAGCAGCCCGUUGCCUGCUGCUGGCGAUAACUUCGACCCGCUAGGGCUCCCUGAUUUCGACACGUUUUUGGGCCUCCAGGCCACGCUGAAUGCGGCCUUGGGUCUCCUUCUGUUUGGCCUGCUCUUCUCGGCGAUUGCGUUCGGAGCGGUAUGCACCAAGGCAAUGGCAUACGUGUGUCAAGGUUCCGGGCAGGAUGGGAUUGCUACUAGGCUUAUUGUCGUGGUGCUCGUGCUGUUCAACUUCGUUCAGAUGGCUUUUACCACGCAUGCUGUGUAUACGUCCGUGGUCGUCGACUUCGGCUCCCUGUCCGACCUUCUCAACAACGAAUGGAGCAUCAUGAUUCAAAUCGCAGUUGUGACGUUCAUUGCGUCGAUCGCCCAAAGUUUCUUCGUCUGCCGCCUCCACGCUGCCAAACACAACAUAGGUUUCACGGUGACUGCCACGAUGUUCAUAGUCCUGCAGCUCGCGUUGUCUAUCUACUCUGUCGUAUACAUGUUCCAGCAGAACUAUGUUACCGUAAUGCUGAUUAACACCGCCGACGUCUGGCCGAUGACCACCACCUUUAGCAUCUCCGGCGGGCUCAACAUCGUUCUCGCCGCGCUCGGCUACGUGUGGCUGCAGAAGCCAUAUGCGCGUAAAUUCCGUGGCAGGACGGCCUUCGUGGAUGAGGCCGAGUACUGGACGCUCAAGAGUCUGUUCGCAUGUGGAAUCCUCUCGCUAUACAAUGCCGUCGGAGUGACGAUCAUGGGCCUCAACCUCAGCUGGUUGGCUGUCACCUUCGUCCUGGGAAACCUGUACACCCUUAGCGUGCUCCUCAAUGUGACUGAACGGCGUCCGGUCGCGCCUAUCAUGCUGUCCGUAUCGCCGGAGCCCCGCUCGGACGUUGCUAGUUCGACCGGUCGCGCUUCCACCGCUACUCUGGCGCCCGACUCGAGCCUGUGGGACGACAUCGUCAAGGCUCAGACGAUGUACCCGGUGGAGCCUCCUGUGAUGACCAGUGUCAAGGAUAACGAGAAGGAGAGGUUUGCUCUCGGCUACUAUCCCGGCGGAUCCGCGGUCUAGCGUGCCCGUUCUUCAUGAAUCCCCACACGGCAACUGGCAAUGGUUCCACGCCCAAGUAUCGGUUUGUGAGCAGUGGGACUCGAGUUUGAUCCGGACAGGCACCCAGUAAAUCAUACAAACACUCAUCUGGACUACGGAAUGCUUGCGCUAUGUACCGAACGAUGUGCUGAGUUGGCAGAGCAAACAGACAGUCUGUAUACGUAUGAUCGAUCCACGUCUCCAUGUAUCGAGCUAUCGCGGUGUGCAGAUAUCUGGAUUU